CAUCAGAACUGGUAACAGUUGGAAAUAUUUCCUGCCCAAGCAGGCAACGUUCUGCCCACCUAGGCCCACCGAUUCUUUUCGACUCUACGGAACACGGCCCAGCAGUCCAAAAAUCCUGGUUACGCCACUGCUUCGCUGUGCAGAUGUUUCGAAUUGCUUUGGCCGCAGUAUGGUCCAGUUGGAACUCAUAAAGGAAAAGUUCUAGAAUUAGACGAUUUUUUACACUCAUUUUAAAGAGUUCUAUAAACGUAAUAAAGCAGUAAUCACAAAUGAUUCACUUAUCUCUCUGAUCGUAAGAACGUGCUGUUAGAUAAUAUAUACAGAAAACGAAAAAUAACUGAUCUUAUCUAACGAUAACAAAUAAACAUAUCAUUUAUUUAUACAAUUUUCGAAAACUUUCCGAAUAUCAUAAUAGCUAGAACAAAUUUGAAAAAAGAUUUGAACAGCUGAAAGAAUUUCCGAUCACUCGAUGCAGUUUUGCAUGUUGAUUCUGAAUAUCAUAUUGUUUUUUAAUAUAAUUUCUCCUGGACUGAGGAAAAUGGAAAAUACCUCAAGAACCCACGCUUUUUUGAAAAAUCUCGAACUCGAAUUUACACUGGAUCGAUAGGUUGUUUGUUCACAAGUACUUCAUAUCCAUUGCUUCGAAGGGUAAAAAUAUGAUCUAAUAUGCUUCUGAUGAGUUGUGUAUCGAUUGAAGCGGCAAACGUUAGUGGGCUGAUUUCAAGUCUUACUACGGUUAGUGACUAUUUCGUUGUUAGAAUACUAGUACAAUCAUAUUUCGAGUCAUUAGUUGACAAAAAGUGUUUGUUACGCUUUGAUGAAUGGUGCAGUCAAAACGAUGCAACCAUUUAAGAGAAACAGAAUUCAAGAAGUCAAAAUUGUCAGUGAUUACAAUCUCCUUCGUCAUUGGAAAAUUUGGUAUAGAAACGGGAUAGAUCAGAGUUUUAUUUGGAAGACAGAAAUGUUGGUUUCUGGAGAACGGAUUUACAAAACACCGAUGGAGAAAAACGAACUAGUCAUACGCGACUUGCCACUUGAGGAAAGUCCCUCGUUAGUUGUGCUAAUGAUGUGUGGUGAUGAUGCGAAGCUGCGUAUCGGAAUUUAUUUUCUAUCGCCUGAAUAAUCCAGUUGCGUUCUUCUUUUAAUCUUACUACUGAUAUUUGCUUCUUUGUAGGUCGAAGAUUUUUUGAACAGUACAACGACAACACCAUUUAGUUCUGUACCAACACAAUUUCUUGUGUUUGCAUAUAGUAUUAGUACACUACCUUGUAGCACAAGACCAGUAGUGUCCAUUCAAGUCCCAAUUACACAAUGCAGCCUCUUCCAAGUUACCAAACCGUAUGUGAUAGGAUUACUGGCCGAAGUUGGGUGUCCUAAUACAAUGAUUCAAGAUAUAGGAACAAUUUCAUUUGCAACCAUCAGUUCAAAGCGUCUUAUACAACAAGAAACCUCAACAACAUGGUCAAGUUCUAUAAUAUGGAUACCUACUGCUUCGGAAUCAGGAAUGCAAAUACUUUGUGUAUUUGCAAUUGAUAGGUAA